AUGAUUCAAAGCAGUGGGCACGGAAACCAGGACGGGGAGAAAGGGUCGGACGGUGAGGAUAUGAGAGAGGGCGCGUCCAAUAUGAGACGAGCCGCCACGGAUCUGCCACGCACCAAGUCGCCGUACACUCGGCGGUCCGCGUACCUGACGACCCGGCAACGCGCGGCCGUCGCGUCGAGAUUUUACAACGAGCUGAAACGGAACACGCUAGUGGGGGAGGACUACAAGGUGCAGAUCCACACGGAUAACUUCCCUCGGGAACUCCAGGAGGAGUUUCUGCACAUGUUCGCGCAGCCGCAGGACCAGGCGGGGCGCGAGGGCGAGGUGAUCGCGCCGCGCGCGGCGGAGAGCGUGGGGAAGCUGAACAUCUGCAUACUGAUCGUGGGGACCCGCGGGGACGUACAGCCGUUCAUCGCCAUUGGUCAGAAAUUGAAGGGCUAUGGGCACCGCGUGCGGCUGGCGUCGCACAGUAACUACCGCGAGUUCGUCACUGCGGGCGGGCUCGAGUUCUACCCCCUGGGCGGCGAUCCCAAGGUGCUCGCGGAAUACAUGGUGAAGAACAAGGGCUUCCUGCCGUCCAGCCGCAAGGAGGUGCUACAGCAGCGCAAGCAGCUCAAGUCAAUCAUCUUCUCCACCUGGCCCGCCUGCACCCAGCCCGACCUCGCUAGUAGUGGCGCUCCCUUCCGUGCUGACGCCAUCAUUGCCAACCCCCCCGUGUAUGGUCACACCACAGUGGCAGAAGCACUGCAAGUGCCCCUCCACAUGUUCUUCACCAUGCCAUGGAGCAUGACAACAGAGUACCCACAUCCUCUGGCCGGCGAAAUGCCCGCCUACACAGGCUACGAGAACCAGCUAUCAUAUGUGGUGGUGGAGGGGCUAAUGUGGCUGGGCGUGAGGGACUUCAUAAACAGUUUCCGCAAAAAGCUGAAGCUGCCGCCCAUCCCUCUGCGCAACCGCCCCAAGAUGCGCAUCCCCUUCGGCUACAUCUGGAGCCCCACGCUCGCCCCCAAGCCACAUGACUGGGGAAACCUAAUAGACGUGGUGGGAUUCUGCUUUCUCAACCUAGCGGAACACUACUCGCCUCCAGCUCACAUCCAGCAAUGGCUUGACUCGGGCCUGCCCCCCAUCUUCAUUGGUUUCGGCAGCCUGCCGGUAUCAGACCCCAAGGGACUGACUCAGAAGUUUGUGGAGGCACUGGAGCGCACGGGGCAGCGCGGGAUACUGCAGGAGGGCUGGGGGGGACUGGGCAAGAUGGAAACACCCAAUGAGAACGUGCUGGUGAUAGGCAACUGCCCGCACGACUGGCUCUUCCCGCGCUGCAGAGCAGUGCUGCACCACGGCGGCGCGGGCACCACUGCUGCUGGGCUUAAGGCGGCGUGUCCCACCACCAUCAUCCCAUUCUUUGGCGAUCAGCCCUUCUGGGGAGCGCGGGUGCAUGCAGCGGGGGUGGGUCCCGAGCCCAUCCCCAUUGGCUCGCUCACACUUGACAAGAUUGUAGCAGCCAUUGAGUUCAUGAUCCGAGAUGAGGUGGUGGCAGCAGCGAGGGAGCUAGCCGGCAAGAUAGCCAAGGAGGACGGGGUGGAUGGGGCAGUGGAGGCGUUUCACAAGCACCUGCCGCCGGGGUACCACUCCCAGGAGCAGUGCACUCCCUGGCUCGAGGCCUCCCCUGGUGCAGAUUAUGGUUCGGAUUGUUCUUGCUGGCCGUGGAGCUGCGGGGAUACUGGUGAGGAGGAAGAGGAGAAGAAGAGUUAG